CAGCAGGCUUGCGAGGCUCGGUAAUGGCGACGUGAAACCAGUGUGGCGAUAUGAUUAGUUUUCCUUUUGGCUUGUCGUCGCGAUAUUUUCCCCAAAUUCUAACUUUUACAGGGAGCAAACCCUCCCACAGAAGCCACACUGGCAGUUUUGAUGAGUAAUAGGAAAUAUCCGAGGCUAGCGGACGGGUAUCAUGACCGGAGUCAGUAUCAUCCAUAUCAGGCAAGUUCCAAAUUCUCGUCGAAAAGUCAUUCCAACUGCAAUUCGGAGAGUGGUCGAGAGAGGGAGAGAUCACCGGUCGGUUCUUCAAUUAGUCGAGGAAGUUCACCGUACUCCCGCCAUUCCAACUUUUCACCCCGUUCCCACCGAUCGAAGUCGUACAACCGAUCCCGAGAGAGCAGCAAAAGAGGUUCUAGCAAGUCUCCAACUGAUGCACACAGUCAUCAUACCCUUCCUAACAGUAACUCACAUGGCAAUGAGCGCCACAGCAAACCCAAUCAUGUUAACAGUGACGAGGCUUUUGUCUGGUCUCAGCAUACCAGCUCUUCAGGAAAGAUGUAUUAUUACAACUGUAAAACAGAGAAGUCACAGUGGGAGAAACCAAAGGAAUGGAUUGAACGAGAGAGAAGAGAGAAGGAGAGAAAGGACAAGGAAAAAAGAGACUUUGUGGGAAGCAAAGAUGGACGAGACAUUCGCGGAGACUCCUCUCUUCACCGAGAACACCUGGCUUCCUCUAAACCAAGCAAAUACAUGUCCCCUUCAAAGAGUAUUCACAGAGACUAUCAUAGCUCUGCUGAUAAACGAGAAGGAAAUCAUGCAGACAUCAGGAACUUCUCUGGAGAGCAGAAAAAAGAUAUGCAGAGACUUAGCGAAUCUAUGGACAGAGGACAUCAGGUGGUCAAGACAUGUUCAGUGCAUACUGCAGCUCUUCCAACAGUUGUGUUUAGGCCUAAUCCUGUGGUGGCAAAUUUUGGAGGGGAGACUGCAGUUUCACCAGCAGGAAGCUUGCAAGAUGUGUCACCACCAACCACUCCAUCAUCACGUCCCAGCAUCUACGACCAGUCUUCGCACACUCCAUCACCAAAUGUAAUCACUUCAGUUUCACCGCAAGUUCCCCAGCACCAUGGAGUUCCCUCUCCUCAGCUUCAGUUUCCUCAACAGUCACCACAGUUUCCCCCAAGACACGGAUUGCCAUUAGCUCAAAAUGCAUUUCCUCAGGUGCCAGUGAGUGGUGCUCCAAGAGCACCACAGCAGUACCAAUUUGCACCACACCAGUAUGUUGUACCACAGCAAACCAUUCAACCAGUUCUGCCUCAAAUGAAUGAUUAUAGACAGUAUGCUCUUGUAAAUAGUACUGGCCCACCUCUGCCACAAGUAUCACAGCAAGUCAGCACUGCACCUUUACCCCUUGCAGUCCAAGUUCAAUCACCGCAGCCAGUUGUGUUUAACAAACAGGUCUCCCCUCAGCCUGUUCUUCACCCUCUUCAGCAAGCUACCCUUGUGCUGCAGCAACGAAAGAUGUCAGAGGCACAAGCUGCAGCAGCUGCAGGCAACAUUCAACAACCAUAUGCUAUAGCAGCGGCCACCAAUGCACUACCACCAACUGCAGGUCUCCCUCAGCAGGCUGUGUCGCCAGUCACAGUUGGUUUACACCGCAAGGAUGAUAGGCCACACCAUAGCUCGCCAGGUUCCCCAGUAGUAUUUUCACAACAGCCAUCGCUGAAUGAGCACACCCCACACCACUCCUCUCAACAGGUUCCACCCUUAUCAGCAGCAUCCUCUAAUCUAGUGUCAUCUAGUCCUCUUUCUCACUCUUCUAAUGCAUCAAGUCCAGUUCCUGUUGCACAACCUUCAGUUCCCACAGUCAACUUACAAGCAAUAGCAAAAUAUGUGGAUAAAAAUCUUACAUCUCAUUUGUCUUCCUGGCCAACAGAGACUGUAGAUAGACAGCUACAGAAACUUUGGGAAGAAAGUAGCUGCUAUUCAAAUGACAGUGAUAAAGCUAAAAUAGAGCAGAUUCGACUGCAGUCAGAAGUAGGUUUUAUGGAAAUGAGACUAGAGACAGCAAGUAGAAGAAUUUCUUCCCUCAAAGGAAUGACUAGGACUUUAGAAGCCCUCCUUGCUGAAUCUGAUGCAAAAUUCUUGUCAUAGUGGUGACUUGCAAGCAGUUGAAUGAAAUCAAACAGGAGACAAGCCACUCAGAAAUAGGCAAACAGCAAAGAACUAGAAAAUCCUAAAGUGCUCCCAAUCGGUGGGAUAUGCCCCGAAAGUGAACUCCGUAGGCACAGUGUACAGUUAGUUCAAAUGCCGCUAGGCUGAUGUCCUGGCAUUACUGUUGAUGAGUAACUUUUAAAGACUUGAACAAUCACGCAAGCCGGUCAUUCGAAUGGUAAUAAAAGUGGUAGUUUUGUAUUUUAAGUUCUUGAUCAAGACAGCUUUCUGUCUGGAAAACGUGAUAUUUCGAGGUAGAUAUGUACUUGGCAAAGCCAAGUUUAUUUGUUGUGUUGAGGUUUCAAACACUUCUAACCCCUCCCCAAAACGUUUUCCUGUAAUUCCCCCCCCCCUCCCCCUUCACUAGUAAAACCGUAAGCGACAAUCGUAAUACUGUUAGAAAAGCCACGAGUCGUUGUAAAAUAAAAAUUAAAAAAAAACUUGACUGGUGACAAAGUAAAGAAUUAUUUACUUCUUAUAUGUCAUUUUGAGUAUUUGUACGAAAUAUGCCGUCAACUGACUUAUAAUAAAGUUUUUUUGUUGUGGUGUGA